AUGGAUCAACACGCAUCAUCUUCCGCUGGUACUCCAGCGCCGUAUGGCCACGCAUGUCAUCGAUUGAAUCGAGAAUGCCGCCCGUCAGACUCGGUUCGGCGCCGCAGUCACAAAAAGCCAGUAGGAGCCAAAAGGAAAAAGACGCCUCGUCUCGAAGAGAAAAUAGAUGGUUUAAUAUCACUAUUCAAAAAUGGCGUGCAAGACAAUACCAUCACCGCAAAUCCCCAGGCCUUAACUCCCACAAGCAACCCCAUUCUUGAGCCCAAUAUUGAGAUAAAUGCUGGCACCCAUGCCCAUUAUCAAGCUGACAGGGGUUCAUUCCCGUACGGCUCGGGGUCGUCAACGACCGCCACCGAUUAUGCGGAUCCAUCAUAUGAGCCUCCUGCAGCGGAAGCAGAGGAAUGUCUCUCGAAUUUCAGAGAUUUCAAACUGAAAUAUUUUCCAUUUAUUCAUAUUCCGCUAGCACUCAAUGCCCUGCAGCUCCGAGAGGAACGGCCAUUCUUAUGGCUUUGUAUAAUAGCAGUGGGUUCGAAAUCAACUGCACAGCAACAAAGGUUAGGUAAACAAAUCCGGCAAACCGUAGCGCAGGAAAUGGUAAUUGGGUCUGCGAAGAACAUGGACCUUCUCUUAGGACUCCUAGCAUUUAUCGGCUGGGCGAGCUAUCAAAUACAGAGUGAACCCUUCCUGACCUUAUUUACUCAGCUUGCGGUUUCUUUAGUUUUCGAUCUCGGUCUUACGAAGCCCACUUCUGGAGAAAAUCAGGUGACACCUUGCGGGACGCAGAAGUAUCCGAAGCUCACCACACACAGAACGAUGGAAGAGCGUAGGGCGGUGCUCGCCUGCUUUUUAAUUACAUCAAUAAUAUCAUCAAUGCUACAGAGAAUUGAUCCCCUCAGAUGGACUCCUCAUAUGGACGACUGUCUUCGGAGUCUGGAUGAAGCGCGCGAAUGUCCGAACGACGGGAUUCUUGUUUACCAAGUGCGAUUACAGCUUAUUUCCGAGAAAACGGCCCCAAAAUCAUCGCAUAACGUGUCCAUAGGGUCUCCAUCGCCCCUUAUAGAAACCCUACACUCUCAAUUAGAGGAUAUCGGAGUUAGCGUGGUGCGAAAUUUUCAAAACAAUGGUGGGCUACUCUACAAACCAUUAUCCGAUAUCUGUCUAAGUGCUCACAUCAUAGUAGAGGUAGUGUUGUUACACCUACACAGCACGAAGUUAGACCAAGCGCUAUCGCCAACAUUUCUCCACACCAGCCUAGUAGAACCUGAACCUCAACCACGCAAGAACGUCAAGGAAAGCCUUGAUAUUUUGAAGUCCUGGUUUGAUGUAUUUCUUACAAUACUCCCUAGUGCCUAUAUUGGUUUCCCGUUUUCUAUACUCUCCCAACUUUUUCGCUGUCUAGUGACACUCUACCGCCUAAAGACUUUCGACGACCCCGCAUGCGCCAAAGAUGGAUCUUGUGAGACAUUAGAUCCCCUCAUCACUCUAGGCGACGUUAUCGAACGCCUAGAAUUAGUCCCGACUCACGCGAGGCUUGAUAAUACUGGCUUUCCGAGCGGUGAUGUUUUCUCUCGUUUCGCACAAUUACUGCGGUCGUUUCGGUACGGAUGGGAGAUGAAGCUUCAACCAGGAGGCCCCAUAAUCUCGGAUUCCCCAACGCAAGUUACCGACGACGAAAUUUCUUCAUAUCCGGACUUUCUCGGAAUGGAGUUUCUUGAUAACGACUGGUUCAUGGAAUUCUGCGUUCACCCGUCUUGA